GGAAACAUUGAAAUCCAAAUAACUUUUUACAAGCAGGCUGACACCAAACGGUGCGACUGUCCCUCAUAGACGCCCAGUUUCUGUGUCCUAACCAGCCUUGGAGCGAAGGAGCCGGUGUGAGUUAUUUCAUUUGCCGGCUCUUGGUGCGUGAAGCCGGGUGUCGCGCGAACUCGGUCGCUCCCUCCUCCUGAGUUAAACUGCUAGCUAGCCACCGAGCUAACGUUACAGCUAGCCGUAACACGGAGCGAGCUAAUCUGCAGCACAAAGGACGACUUUGCCCGUGUUUGUCGCAUCGAUCCGGAUCGCUCCGUUGGAUGAGGCCAGAGGCUCGGGUGGAGGUGAAUCAUGGUGCUGACUGGGAAGCGUUCGGAGAAAGGCCCCGCCUGCUGGAAGAGGAGGGUGAAGUCUGAGUACAUGAGGCUUCGGCAGCUGAAACGCUUCAGACGGGCCGACGAGGUCAAGAGCAUGUUCAACAGCAACCGUCAGAAAAUCAUGGAGCGAACUGACAUUUUGAACCAGGAGUGGAAAACCCGGCGAAUCCAGCCCGUUCACAUCAUGACGUCGGUCAGCUCCUUACGAGGGACUCGAGAGUGCACCGUGGAGAGCGGCUUCUCCGAGUUCCCUCGACAGGUCAUCCCCCUGAAGACUCUGAACGCCGUGGCCUCUGUCCCGGUCAUGUACUCCUGGUCGCCGCUACAGCAAAACUUCAUGGUGGAGGAUGAGACGGUGCUCCAUAACAUUCCCUACAUGGGAGACGAGAUCCUCGACCAGGACGGGACUUUCAUCGAAGAGCUCAUCAAGAACUAUGACGGCAAAGUCCACGGAGACAGAGAGUGUGGCUUCAUCAACGACGAGAUCUUCGUCGAGUUGGUCAACGCUCUGGCACAGUACAGUGACAACGAGGAUGAUGAUGAGGAGGAAGAGCAGGAGUUUAAAGUGGACAAGAUGGACAUGUGUGAUGGCAAAGAGCACCCAGAGGACCCCCGCAAGGAUGGGCUUGUUAACAAUGAGAGCCGAACCAACAAUGACACCAGCAAGAAGUUUCCCUCUGACAAGAUUUUUGAGGCCAUCUCCUCCAUGUUCCCCGACAAGGGCUCCCCCGAGGAGCUCAAAGAAAAGUACAAGGAGCUGACUGAGCAGCAGCUGCCCGGCGCUCUGCCGCCUGAAUGCACGCCGAACAUCGACGGUCCGAACGCUCGCUCCGUGCAGCGCGAGCAGAGCCUGCACUCCUUCCAUACUCUGUUCUGCAGACGAUGCUUCAAAUACGACUGCUUCCUCCACCCUUUCCAUGCAACUCCGAACACGUACAAGCGGAAGAACUUGGAGAACCUGGUGGACAAAACCCCGUGUGGCGUUGACUGCUACAUGGACCUGGUGCAGGACGGCGUGAUGAGGGAGUACGCCACAGGCGUGGGAACCGAGCGGGCAAAGACGCCCUCCAAGCGUAACGGGGGCCGGCGCCGCGGCCGGCUGCCCAACAGCAACAGUAACAGCCGGCCCAGCACCCCCACGGUGUCCUCUGAAACCAAAGACACGGACAGCGACCGCGAGGGCAGCAAAGAGGACGAGCGAGACAACGACAAAGACGACGAGGACAAGAAGGACGAGACGACCAGCAGCUCAGAGGGAAACUCGCGGUGUCAGACUCCAGUGAAGAUGAAGCUGUCCAGUGAGGCUGAAGCGGUGGAGUGGAGCGGGGCUGAAGCGUCUCUCUUCAGAGUCCUCAUCGGGACGUACUACGACAACUACUGCGCCAUCGCGCGGCUUAUAGGCACCAAGACCUGCAGACAGGUUUACGAGUUCAGGGUCAAGGAGUCGGCCAUCAUUGCUCGCGCUCCCGCUGAAGACGAGGACACGCCGCCGAGGAAGAAGAAGAGGAAGCACAGACUGUGGGCUACUCACUGCCGCAAGAUCCAGCUGAAGAAAGAUGGCUCAUCCAAUCACGUGUAUAACUACCAGCCAUGUGACCACCCCCGGCAGCCCUGUGACUCCUCGUGUCCCUGCGUCACCGCUCAAAACUUCUGUGAGAAGUUCUGCCAGUGCAGCUCGGAGUGUCAGAACCGCUUCCCGGGCUGCCGCUGCAAAGCUCAGUGUAACACCAAGCAGUGCCCCUGCUACCUGGCAGUGAGGGAGUGCGACCCCGACCUCUGCCUGACCUGCGGCGCCGCCGACCACUGGGACAGCAAGAACGUGUCCUGCAAGAACUGCUCCAUCCAGAGAGGCGCCAAGAAGCACCUCCUGCUCGCUCCGUCAGACGUGGCAGGCUGGGGCAUCUUCAUCAAAGAGCCGGUGCAGAAAAACGAGUUCAUUUCGGAGUACUGUGGAGAGAUCAUCUCUCAGGACGAAGCCGACCGCAGAGGGAAAGUCUACGACAAAUACAUGUGCAGCUUCCUGUUCAACCUGAACAACGACUUUGUUGUUGAUGCCACGAGGAAAGGCAACAAGAUCCGCUUCGCCAACCACUCGGUGAACCCGAACUGCUAUGCAAAAGUGAUGAUGGUGAACGGCGAUCACAGGAUCGGGAUCUUUGCCAAGAGAGCCAUCCAGACCGGAGAGGAGCUGUUCUUCGACUACAGGUACAGCCAGGCCGACGCUCUGAAGUACGUCGGGAUCGAGCGGGAGAUGGAGAUCGCCUGACCGGGACUUCCUGUGUUUUUCAGUGACACAAAGGCCUUACACACACAAACAAACAAACAAAAACAAAAAAAACACACCCUCACUUUCAGGAAACUCAGACGAUUCGUCACAACGCCACAAAAGCUUCAGGAAAAACAAACCGGGGAUAUUUGAAGCUGAUAUUUGUUGUUGUUUUAGUUUUUGAGAAACUUUUCAUGUUUUUUAUCCUUUGAUUUGUCGACAAAUCUUCCUCUUUGGAUUCAUAAAUCUUCCCUCUGCUGAAAGCGCACCGACAAAAAAUAUAUAAAUAUCUCUUAUCUGUCUUAUCUUUGAGUAAAAAUGUUCUGCAGCGAGAGGAGAAAAAAGCCCGACUGUGUUUUUAAAAGUUCUCAGUUCAAGCUUCAGGGACCAAAAUCCUCCACCAGCCACUUUCACACCGCCGACCAGACUGUUUGUGCUCCUCGUGUGUGUGUGUGCGUGUGCGUGUGUGUGUGUGUGUGUGUGUGCGUGUGCGUGUGUGUGUCUGUCGUGCUGAACCUGUCACUCCUCAGAGUGCCGCUUCACUGUCUGUCUGUAAAUCUGGAGGUCGUUCACGAAGCAGCGUCACACUGAAACCAGCUCUGACCGUUAAAAACAAAGUCGAUAAACAACAGGAAUAUUUACAGAAUAAAAGAAGCUGUACGUUAAAGAUGGACAUGGCUUUAGUGAGUCGACUGUUGGGCUCUGUGUAGGCGUUUUGGUUACCGUUUAAUUUUUUGUUUUGUUUUUGAGCCAGAAGUGACCAAAUUUGGAUGAAAGGAUUAACUCUUCAGUUACGAGGUUAAGGUUCGCUAGGUCGGUUAUCAGGCGGCAGGUGUACAGGUGCACCCACAGACAGAUAACUGCUGGCUAACGAUUAGUAACUGCUAACAGCACAGACGGAGCCCAGAGGUCGAGCUCGGAGGCUCAGAUUAGCAGUUAGCGUCCAUUCUGUAAAUAAUACAGAAAGUUUAAGUUUAACACAGGUGAGCGUGGAGUGGGGCGUGUAACUCAUUCUCACUGGUUUCACUGGGCUGAUGUUGGGAAAUGCUCAGAUCAGACAUCACCUUCCAGGACUGACAUCAGUCCCGCUGUGAUCUCCACUCAAAGCUCCUAAAGUGAGUCGGUCCUUUUGUUUAACUCGCCUGUUUGGAUUUUCUUUAGGGUAAAUUUGGGGGUGUGGCCUGUAAUUGAAGUUUGUGAGCUGGACCUCUGGAUCAUGUUUGUGCAUUUUGGAGCUUUUUUAAUUCAGUUAAAAACAUCUUUCUGUGGCUCAACUGAAGAUAUUAGUGCUCUCGGCAUUAAUUAGCAGGUUUGCUUGAGUCGGGGCUGCUGGACACACCCACUGCAGUAUUGUCCUGAACAGCAGGUGUCGCUCCUCUGACAUGUUCUCGAAUCCUCAGCCUCUCCCUCUGAGUACUGAUGUAUUUUCAACAUGAUGAUUAAAAGCUGACACAAUCGUUCCCUCGUGUCCUUAACCUGCUGCUGGUGCAGCGACUUCUGAGCAUAAAUAGAAGUGGCUUUGUGGUGCUGCGGUGGCGUGCGAAGCAGCCACUGUGGAGGGUGUACUGACUGUGUCACAGCCGGGCUCUCCAUCAGGGGCCAAUCUGGUGCUAACACAUUCAUUUUGUCAAAAGGAACAAAACUAACGAGCCGAAACAAACACGAUCACCGGUGCGUCGUCACGCUGUCGACUGAGGGAAUCGAACUCAUUUAAAGUCCAGAUUGUUCCACUUUGUCCAGGUUCAGACGUUUAUGUGCAUGUUUACUAAACCAGUCGGUGAUAAAAGUGAUGGGACACCCUCUGUAAAGCUGACGUCUCCGUGUCUCCACAUUAAAACGACCGGCUACGCGCUGCCUUCAGAAACGACUGUACAGAAAAACAAAAACGGGCAGUUCUGAUAUUUAAUGUUUGAUCUGUAGAGAAAAACAGGAUUUCUUUGUAGUUCAGUGGUUUGUGUGUUAGUUACUUUAGUGUAAGUAAUGAAAGGCCGUGGGUGAGAUCUUCAUCAGGAGGCUGAUGAACUGAUGAAGAUUCAGGUGAAACUGAUAGUUUAGGCUCUCGUGAUGUGAUCCAUCCCUAAAGAUGUCCUGCAGCGUGUCGUAGAGUCGCUCUUGUGGUUUUUCUUGUGCUGAAUUUGCUCCAAACUAAUCCCCGGCCUCGUUUUCUAUCAGUGUCCGAUUCCUGUGGCAGUGUGACUCGGACACAUCGCGACGUGAAAAGCGAGGUUCGGCGUCCGCCUCGAGCUGGACGUGACUCUGCUUUGUGACGCCGCCUCUGCUUCAGGUGCUUACGUGAAAACUAAGCCAGCAUGCUUUCCUUCAGCCAGGCACUUGACCGCAGCCGCCGGGCGAGCCUUUCAAAUCUGGGCGGAGCCUCAGUUUCAUGUCCGAGUGCUUUUUGACUCGGGUCGGGUUUUCCCAGCAUCCUCAGCAGCGCGCUGAGGUUCCUCUGUUAAUCAGGAAACGAGUCUUUCUGUUUUUUGUAUUUGACUUACGCACAUUUAAUCAAAGUUUUCCCAGCAUCCUCUCUGCCUCCUUUGAAGCCUUUUACGUUUUCUAUCUUAUGUAUACCACCUUUAACUUAAGGAUUUAAUCACAGCUGUAACGAGCCGUCAGUGUUUUUGUUGUUUCGAGCUGAAGCUGAGUUCAGCCACAGUCUGAGAUCUCUGGUUUAAUUCAUCUGUUUGAUUUUGUUGACCCGUAACAAAAGAUCAAAUUCAUAUUUACAAUUAUUAUAAAAAACGACUGAAAGCUGAUGAUUUCAGUUUUUUUUUCUUGGGUCUAACUCUGGACUCAGGACUGUUUGAAUUUGAAACGAGCUGAACAGCUUAAAAAAAAUCGGCAGAUAAUUCAGUGACUUUGAGUUUUACUUUGAAAAACUCUCCUUCCUCUGCACUCUCCCUGAUCAUUCCUCCUCCUCUUCCUCCACAAUGUGAAUCUUCUCUUGUGGGAAUUCUGGUGCUCGGAAAGACCCCAAAGUCUGACCAACUCGUAGCAAUACCAGCCUCCCUCCUCCUCCACCUUCCUUUUCUUCACCUGUAAUUUAUUACAAACGUCACAGAGACCGAAGUGUCGUCUGUAGUCGUCGGGAGACUUCAGGGCCUCUGAAACCUGGUGCUUCACUCACAGGUUCCCACGUCGAUCUGUGCAGGAACCUUUUGUGUUUUUUACUUUUACUGCUGAUCCAGAUGUUUGUAGCAGCUGCUUUCUAAUCAAUGAACAGAUGUGUAAACGCUGCUGUGACUGGAGGGCUGAGGAGCGUCUCUGAACACGGAGGAGAUUGGGCAGCGGUGCUCCUCGGCUCUCCCCGAACUGAAAGCUGCAGGUGUAUUUUCUUUUCUUCUUCCUGUCAACAGGACCACGUCUCUCCUCUGAUCACACAGGUGCUGAUUUUUGUAAUGUUUACAGGGAUUUUUGUUGUUCAAAGUGUUGCAGAUUAAAAUAUUAUAAACUGUU